GAUUCGGAUCGAGAUUGGCGCGUCGGGGGACGCGGCCGCCGCCGCGCGGACCCCGCGCGGCGCAACACCACCUCUGCCUGCUGUGCUGCCUCUGGCCGCACGCCUCACGGUCAUCAGCGCACGACCGCAGCGCCGGACGAGGGAGCAAGACGGAACUGCGAAGCUGAGCGGUGGCGCUCGAGCCCGAGCGCGCGCGCGCGCCGCGCGGAAGCAGCACGAGCUGCUUCUGCGGAGCAUGUCGCCUGCAUUGCGUUCUCACGUCUACUCGCCCGAUUGGGCUUCUCCGCCUCCUGCCGCUCCGGGCUGCCGCCAGUCUCCGACGCCGUUGGUCUACCGGCGCGGGCAAGCUGCAUGCUGCACUCGAGUCGAGUCGAGUGCUGCGCUCUGGUGCGGGUGCGGCGGAGGACUCGACUCGCGAGUCGUCGCUCGUGCGGCCGCCUGCGGCUCUGUUGCCGCACGCUUUGCCCCCGCCUCGCGCUCCUCGCAUCGCUGCUUCUCACCACCACACCUCUCUGUCUCCUUCCUCGCCAAGCCAAGCCCCAUCCUCCCACGCCGCCGCAUGCCGCCGAUCAACACGAUCAACAAGAAGAGUGCAGGAUGGAAGGUGAUGCAGCAGUCGCUGCGCCGCCGCCCGCUCGAGCCCGUGCAGCAGCAGCAGGAGCCUCUGUCAGAGCCGGAGGAGCGCAAGCGGGCCCGCAGCCCCGUCUCGGCGUCGGCCUCGGCGUCCUCGUCAACGACUCAUUUUGAGCAGCAUGCCGAGAACUCUGUUGGCGUCGUCAAUGGCAGCUAUAGGCCCGUCUUGGCUGCAAGGGACCGAGCUGAGCAGCUGCGGCAGGUCGACGCUGAGAGGCAGCGGGCAUUGCAUCAGCUGGAGAUCGAGACGCAGGCGCGCCAGAGGGAGACUGAGCUGCGCAUGAAGGCGCAAGCAGGUGAGUGCAGCUUGAUUUGCGGUGUGAUGGCAAGGCGUACAUGUGCAACGACAGCAGCAGCAUGCCGAUAGGGCUAUGAGAGCGGCAGCAGAAGCUGAGGCAGAGGUGGAUGCGGACGCGCCGCCAGCAGGCGGCGCGUUGGUUGGGUUGGUCAUGUGCGCAGCUGCUUCUCCUCUCUGACGCCGACCUCCAUACGCUUCCAGAGCUCGAGGUCAUGAAGGAGGAGCGCAAACAAGAGCGCCGGCGCCACGAGGAGGGACGCAAGGAGGAGCGCCAGCGCCACGAAGAAGAGCGCAAGCAAGAGUCCCAGCGCCACGAGGAGGAGCGCAAGGACGAGCGUCAGCGCCACGCGGAAGAGCGCAAGGAGA